UGGUUCGGGCUUGCUUCCCACCUCCUGCCAAGGACAGACUUGAGAUGGCUGCGGUCGGCUCUGUGCUGAGGUGCGGUUUGCGGGGAGCCGUGGCUUUGCCGUCGCAACAGCGGGCCUGGAGCUCAGGCUCCGGUUCCGACCAGUUGGGCGAGCUCGGGAAAGGCGCUGGGAAAGGCGGAGGUGGAGGUGGAGCCAUCCGCGAGGCUGGGGGCGCGUUUGGAAAACGGCAAGCGGCCGAGGAAGAGCGCUAUUUCAGGCAGCAAGGGAAAGACCAGUUAGCACAUUUGAAAAAACACCAUGAAGAAGAAAUACAUCAUCAUAAGAAAGAAAUAGAGCGCCUGCAAAAGGAAAUUGAACGUCAUAAGUCCAAGAUCAAGAAGCUUGAUGAUGAUGAUUAAGUAGUUGCCGUCCUUAUUGGUGUGGGGCAUGACUACGAUGGUUUUGAAAACUGUGUCAGCCUACGUACAUGUUCUUGCUCUUAACAGUG